CUGACAGUUGACAGUGCAGAAAUCUGCAUUAUCGGCAUUUAUUAUGUCUAUACGAUGUCUUUCUAAUGUCGUUUGUCGCAUUUAUUCGUAUUUAGUUUUCCGCUUUUAUGUGAGAAUUUGUGUGAGAGUUGUGGAAUCUGGUAUUUUAAUCAGAAAACGGGUGAGAAAGUGCACAAACCUUAUAUGUGAUUCACAAUCUGUGUACCUGGUUUACCCCAGAACAAGUUUUCUCACAUAUUGUUUGCUGUUGAUGGAUUGAUACUUAGUUAGUAAGAGUAAGAAGAGACUGAAGCACGAUGGCUACUUUAGGACACCAGGCUGCAGCAGUGCUGCUGGACUUCAACCAGAAGCUGGACAUAAACCUCUUAGACAGUGUUGUGGUGAGCAUGUACUCUGGGAAUGGAGAGACUCAGAGGAUUGCCCAGGAAGUGCUGACCACAUUGAAAGAACACCCAGAUGCUUGGACCAGAGUGGACACCAUCUUGGAAUACUCCACUAACCAACAGACCAAGUAUUAUGCCUUGCAGAUACUGGAACAGGUCAUCAAGACCAGAUGGAAAGUCCUGCCUAGAAACCAGUGUGAAGGGAUCAAGAAAUACAUUGUCUCGCUUAUCAUCAAGACCAGCUCUGAUCCUGAGACUCUAGAGACGAAUAAGACUUAUUUGAAUAAGCUGAAUAUGAUUUUGGUGCAAGUGUUGAAGAGAGAAUGGCCUAAGAAUUGGGAAAGUUUCAUUCCUGAUAUUGUAGGAGCAAGUAAAACCAAUGAGAGUCUCUGUCAGAAUAACAUGAUUAUCCUUCAGCUUCUUAGUGAAGAAUUAUUUGAUUUUUCUUCUGGGCAGAUAACCCAGACAAAAGCAAAGCAUUUAAAAGAUACUAUGUGCUCGGAAUUUUCCGCGAUUUUCCACCUAUGCCAAUUUGUAUUGGAAAAUUCGCAGAACCCACCUUUGGUUAACGCCACAUUAGAAACUUUAUUGAGGUUCCUAAACUGGAUACCUCUCGGAUACAUUUUUGAAACUAGCCUCAUCAACACACUCAUUUUUAAAUUCUUACCUGUUCCGUUGUUCAGGAAUGUCACACUGAAAUGUCUUACAGAAAUAGCUGGUGUGAAUGUUUGCAACUAUGACGAUAUGUUUGUGAACCUUUUCUCACAAACUAUGACUCAGCUUGAGAUCAUGUUGCCCUUGAGCACUGAUAUAAAGACAGCAUAUGCCUGUGGCCACGACCAAGAACAAAACUUCAUACAAAAUCUUGCAUUGUUUUUAUGCACUUUCCUCAAAGAACAUGACAGCAUUGCAGAGAAUCAGGGAGAGAUAAUAAAGAAGGCGUUGAGGUAUCUCGUUUUGAUAUCUGAGGUAGAGGAGGUCGAGAUAUUCAAGAUUUGUCUGGAAUAUUGGAACAGCCUGGCGUCUGAAUUGUAUCCAGAGGUGUUACCGCAUACUGGAGCUAGGCCCAUUUUCUUUGGGCCAAGACAAGGAGCAAAUAGGUACGAAAACCUGUAUCAAGAGGUACUGAACAAGGUCCGUUACAUUAUGAUUUCCCGCAUGGCAAAACCAGAAGAAGUACUUGUAGUCGAAAAUGACAAUGGCGAAGUAGUCCGAGAAUUUAUGAAGGACACAGACUCGAUAAAUCUAUACAAGAACAUGCGCGAAACUCUGGUCUAUCUGACCCAUUUGGACUAUGCUGAUACAGAGAGAAUCAUGACUACUAAACUACAGAACCAAGUGAAUGGUAGCGAAUGGUCAUGGAAGAAUUUGAACACCCUUUGUUGGGCGAUAGGAAGUAUAUCGGGAGCUAUGCACGAGGAAGAUGAAAAACGGUUCCUUGUUACUGUUAUUAAAGAUCUUUUAGGAUUGUGUGAACAGAAAAGAGGCAAGGACAACAAAGCGAUAAUAGCCUCUAACAUAAUGUACGUGGUGGGGCAGUACCCCCGAUUCCUGCGCGCUCACUGGAAGUUCCUUAAAACCGUCGUAAACAAGCUGUUCGAGUUCAUGCACGAAACUCACGACGGCGUCCAGGACAUGGCAUGUGACACUUUCAUCAAGAUUGCGCUAAAGUGCCGCCGGCAUUUCGUCACCACGCAAAUUGGAGAAUCUUGUCCUUUCAUCGAGGAGAUCCUAGCGUCGAUUUCGACGAUUAUUUGUGAUUUGCAACAGCAACAAGUGCAUACGUUUUAUGAAGCGGUGGGGUACAUGAUUUCUGCGCAAGUAGAUGCAGCGUCUCAGGAGGGGUUGAUUGAGAAGUAUAUGCUUCUUCCCAAUCAGGUAUGGGAUGACAUAAUCAGUCAGGCAAGCAAAAACGUAGACAUUCUCAAGGAAAUAGAGAUCGUGAAACAGCUGGCUAGUAUACUGAAAACGAACGUUAGGGCUUGCAAAGCCCUGAACCAUGCAUAUGUUUUGCAGCUUGGUAGAAUAUAUUUGGAUAUGCUGAAUGUAUAUAAGGUAAUGUCUGAAAAUAUAACGGCGGCCAUUCAACUUAACGGCGAGGCUGUUACAAAACAGCCUUUGAUCAAGGCAAUGAGAGUUGUGAAAAAGGAGACGUUGAAGUUAAUUUCUGAUUGGAUAUCUCGUUCCAGUGAUGAUAUUAUGGUAUUGGAGAACUUUAUACCUCCCUUCCUAGAUGCUGUGUUGCUUGAUUAUCAACGUACCAGCGUACCUUCAGCUAGGGAACCUGAAGUGCUCAGCGCAAUUGCUACUAUUGUCAACAGACUGGAAAAUCACAUCACUCUAGAGGUUCCGAAAAUAUUCGACGCGGUAUUUGAAUGCACAUUGGACAUGAUCAACAAGGACUUCGAGGAGUAUCCAGAGCACAGGACCAACUUCUUUUUGCUACUGCAGGCUGUGAACAAUCACUGCUUCGCUGCGUUCCUAAAUAUACCGCCCACGCAGUUCAAACUGGUGCUGGACAGCAUCAUAUGGGCUUUCAAGCACACCAUGAGGAAUGUCGCAGACACAGGUCUCCAGAUCCUCCUGAAACUCCUCCAAAACGUGGAACAGCACGAAAGUGCAGCGCCCAGCUUUUACCAAACCUACAUGACGGACAUCCUGCAGCACGUGUUCUCAGUGGUGACUGACACGUCUCACACUUCGGGCUUGUCCAUGCAUGCCACCAUUUUGGCGUAUAUAUUUUCAUUGAUCGAGGCAGGAAGGGUGAACUGUCAGCUGGGACCGACGCCGGAUAAUAUGCUGUACAUACAGGAAUUCAUAGCCACAUUGCUAAGGUCCGCUUUUCCACAUCUCACUGACAACCAGAUCAAAAUUAACGUACAAGGCAUGUUCAAUUUGAAUCAGGAUAUUCCUGCAUUCAAGGAACAUUUGAGGGAUUUCCUGGUACAAAUCAGGGAAUAUACAGGUGAGGACGAUAGCGACCUGUUCCUAGACGAGCGCGAAAAGGCUUUGCAAGCUGCCCAGGACGUGAAACGGCGCAUUCAACUGUCAGUGCCGGGCAUCCUCAACCCUCACGAGGUCCCCGAAGAGAUGCAGGACUAGCCCUCCUGCUACUGCUUCUAUCCCCUCCGCUACUCCUGUUUAUCAGCAUCCCAAUGUUCAUCCCUCACUCCUUCUACUCGAGUCGUCGUCAGAUGUCAGCUUUGUCAGUACGGUUAGGAGAAAUUUGUGGAUGAUGACAAUAGGUGGCGCUGCUUGUUAACAUUCGAUUGAUGCAUUUUAACAUAGCGUAAUGUGUAUUUAGGAAACUGCCCGUAGAAGAAUUUUAGGCUCAAAGACGCUUUUUUCUUUUUUAACAUCCAGAACUCACACAUUUUUGACAACUAUUUUCUAUAAUGAUUCCAAAAGUUCUUUGCUUUCAGCAUCUUUAUUACAUAACUUAAAAAUGACAUUGUAUAGUUUUACAAAAAAAUGUCACCUUGGAACUAGCUGUUAUUCACUUCACAUUCAUUUGUAGUGAUAUGCGUAGUGCUUAAACAUCAUGACACUUGAGCUAUAUGACUUGUCUAUGUGAUGAAACAUCUGUUUCAGAGAUGGCACUCUUGGAAGCCAUUUGUAGCUUCUAUGGCCAUAAUCUAUGUUGAUGAUAAUUCCGUUGGUUUAACGAAGCAUGCGGGUGAAAUGUAAGUAGCAGAAUCUUAGGCAACGUGGUUAUUGAACCAUUCCUCCAUAGAUGUCGCUCACAGCUUGUAGACGCGAAAGGGGCUAGCUACUACUUAGUACAAGUUGCCAUUGUACCAAUUUUUAAUAACGCUACGUAAUACCCGUGCCGGCGCGUUAGUUCGGUAUUCUAUGUCAUUUCGAUAGGCUCUUCAAGAAAAAAUAUAUUGCCUGAAAGUAUGCAGAAAAUUAGUUUUUGUAUUCAAGUUGUGAGCACAGUAUGGCUGCGCUGGUACUUAUUGUAGUUUUUGGUAUACAGGUGUUGACAAAAGUAAAUCAUAAAAUUAAGAGUAUUCCUAUGAUUCUUUUAUAUGGUGGAACUAAUGUUUUUUCCUAUAUUACACGAUAAAUCGUUUUUCAGAUAUUUUAAUAUAAUUUUCCAUUUCAACAUGUCCAACAAAAUCGUGAAUCAUUAUCAGUGGCAUAAGACUGUAAAAUGUGUAAUAUUUUUCAUUACACUUUUAGUCUAAACAUUACUAUAUGAGGCCUUGUCGAUAAGAGACUGAGUAUAAAAAAUACCUAUGUGGCAUAUUAUUAAGGGUUCUAUAUGAAUAGAUAUUCUUUAUAGCUUAUAGGAAAACUAAAUUUUCAUCGGAAUCUGGAGGUAUGUGUCAGAAUUUUUCCCACACAUUAACAAGGACACCUUUGGUGAAAAAAUAAAGAUGAUGAAUACAAACAUUUCCAUCUAAAUUUGUAAUUAGACUUAAAAUAAGUUAAGAGCUUUGGAAUGUCGUGCAUUAUAAGUAUUUGGACCAAUUUAUUACAUAAAAUCAUAUAAAUAUAUCAACUUUUCAUUGUUUUGUCGCAUUACUCUCAAAUUAUUUCUGAAUCUUAAAUAAUUUUACUUUUCUGAUGAACUUGAAAAUCACCACACCUUUCGUUUCGCCAACGAGAGUUAUAUAAUAUAUAGAAAGUGAUACUUAUCAAUGAUAAUUAUACUUUUUUUGUUUUCAAAACAUUUUUUUAAGUUACUAAAUUUAUUCCUGAUUGAGCUAAUAUUUAUAAAAGUUGUGCCCUUGUCGUAGUAACACCGCCAAUCCGAAUGACAUGGAGUGAGAUUAUAGAAACAUCUUGUAUGAUAUAUUAUAUUUGCCCAUGAAUGGAACAAGUAGCGCCCAGUCAUCAAAAUUGGAUAGUUUUUUGGACUAAGUCGAAAAAAAAAAGAAAAUUUGUGAACCCCAUUACCCUGGUACAGUAUAAAAUCAUUGGAAUAUUUUAUAUGCUUGCAGUUAUUGUUGUAUACGGUGUGGUUCAAAUUUGGCUGAUAUCGUAAUGUAUAUGAGAGAGAGGUAUGCAAUAUGUAUGUCCGUGGGCUUGACACUUGGGUCGCUAGGCAAUGAGGUGCUUCAAUCUCUUUCUACCACACGUAUACGCUUCUCGAGCUUCUCUCUCUUACACAUUACGACGUCAGUGGUAUAUGGAUUUCACUGUACAUAUAUGCAAAAAUGAUCAUGUACUACUGUUGUAUUUUCCAAUUAUUGCAGUGCUCGAAAAUUCUUAUCAACCCAAUAUCACUUUGAUUUUUUAUUCAGAAAUUUUAAAACGAAGCUAAUAUCUAACAAAUUCCAUAGCUCUGUAUUAGAGAUCACUAAGAGUAUCCGAUUUUAAAAAUCUGUUUUUUUUUUUGUCUACCUUCUGGAUAGAUUAUGUUAUUGCCAAGUGUAUAUCGAAAAAGCAGCUUUCUAAAAAUGUUUCGUUCAAAAUGAUCGCCAUUUUUCUAACGAUAUUUUUAGCUGUGCUAAAAUGGGAGGUCUAUAUAAAGCUGCCAUGAAUUUUUGACAGGCGGCAAAAGGAGUGUCCUCCUAGGUUAGGUAGAAUGUAUAUAUUAUAGGGUAUUUUUUAGAAAUUGAUAUGAUAUGAUAACAUAUUUUACAUCGUCUGAUUAUAUCUGGAUAAGUGAUAGUAAGAGAAGAAUGCAAGUAUAUGUGGAUUUUUUCUCACCUCCUUUUCAAACAAUUAUAAUUUUUUGUCUAAAGGUUGCUCCACUUAACAUCUUUAAAUAGGAGUAUGAAGUCAAACGUAUUAGAAUUUGCUCAGACCACAUUUAAAGUCAAAAUAAAAGGUAUCUUUCCAUUGACUCAAAUCCAAUGUUUGAUAUAAAAUUUACGGAAGUAGGCAAAUUUUCCACUAUAUCGUAAUUUUUGUUGUUAUAUUAGUAUCUUGUGACAUACUUUUACUAUUUACUUGUUGCACUCAAUAAUAUGAAGCUUUUUCAAAUUUUUAUAAUUCUGUUGCAGAUGGCUUCCUUUGUUUUUGGUGUUAAGUGAAAUAUGUUUAAAUUUGGCAAAAGAAUUAAUAUUUUCAAAUUAUUUUCAGUUACCUAUGCAAAUUCUGUAUUCGUUCCUUCCGAAUUUUGAUGAUACGAAAUUAAUGAAAAUUUUGAAAAUAUAGGUUUUUUUUUAGUUUGCGUGUCAAUUUUUUUUUGUAGAGGUGCAUCGGUGAUCAGAAGAAGGCAGGUAAUGUGAAAAUGUAGAUUUAGCACAAAACACUGAGUUGAGUUUUGAGCUUUUUUUUAACAAAAAAUACGUAUGAGAUGCUAUUUUUUGUUUGAAUGCGUGGUUGACUGUUGAUACUUUAUUUCGAUUAAAUUUAAUAGGAGCAUUGAGUUAAUCACUAUUCGUUAAAUGAAGCGAUUGUUUUAUAACAAAAAAUAAACAUAAGUAAAACUAACAUGUAUUUUAUUUAUCAACUUAAACUAAAUUUUAAAUAUAGAAUACACUUUCACUACUAACCCAAGAAAUCGAGUAGAUAAAUAAAACUAAGUGCCCUUCCAGAUGGACGCGUAUGGUACGCGUGCGUACCAUACCCGUGACGAGUAUUAUAAUUUAUACGUACGUUUUCACAUGAGCGCGUAUGCUCAGAUUGCUCGGAUCUAGUCAGUUGCUUUCAGAUGGUACGACACGUUUCACUGCCGUUGAGUGUUCAUCGUUGCCGAGAUAUACCAAAAAAUAAUGAUUAUCAUUAAUAAGAAAACUUUAAACAGAAAAUGGCUGAUAAUCAUAAUAAUAUUGAUACUGAACUUCUUAUUGGGGAAGUUGAACAGAGACCCAAUUUUUGGAAUGACUGAAGAGUACAAAAACAGAGACUUAAGACAAAAAUCUUGGCAAGAUAUAGGAAUAAAAGUUUAGUUGAUGGUUUCAAUAAUUUAUCACAGGCAGAAAAAAAGAUAUGUAAGUAUAAAAUAUUUUUAUUAAUAUAGCUUUUAGUAUUCAUAUACAAACACUUAUAUGCUCAUAUUUAAUGUAUUUUACUAUCUUGCCAAGAAACAUUUCCAUCACCUAUGAAAUAAUUAGCAAACACGUCUCUUACUGUAUUGCCAAUAACAGAGGAUUUUGAGAUAAUACUGGUUGUGCAGUAUUCAGAAAUCAGGUCACUGCUAAUGCAUCUUCAAAUUUAAAACCGUCUCGAACCAGAUUAUGUAAAAUACACCAAGCCACUAUUUUCACCGCAAAACAAACUUUAACGUUUAGAGGCCUGUGAAAUAUUCUCCACUUAUUUGAAAGUAUUCCAAAUGAGCAUUCGAUAUACCGUCUACAACGGGAUAUCUUUUUUUAUAAUUAAGAUUCUUUUCUGCAUAUGGACGUAACAAUUGUUUUGUCAGCGGAAAGGCUAUAAUUACCUAUAAUUUAGUCUCGUCAGAACCAGGUAAUGGUUUUCCAUUAGAAAUAUUUAAAGAGUUCUCGUUAAGUUUUUUCAUGAAAGAUCCACUUUUGAAUACUGUCGAAUCCGAAAACAUGCAAUAUGCCCCAACAUCAAUGAAAGUGAAUCAAUAAUUUGCAUCACAAAUUGCCAACUAAAGAAUAGAAAACGUGUUUGUAAUUGAAACACAGCGAACGCUUUUUAUUCGCUUGAUUAUUCUUACAUGCUUCCCAUCAACUGCUCAGAUGAAAUUGGAAAAUUGGCACGUACUUCAAAUUACAUAGAAAUCUCGUCCCAUUUUUCUUCAGAUGGCAUUCCCAUAUACUCGUUUUUCAGUUGUUCCCAGAUAACAGUACAAACUUAAUAAUUGUACUUAUGGUUGAUAUACCCAAUCAAAAUCAACCGGUUGAUAAAGAUAAGUCGUUUCUAGAGUCUUUGUUACCGUCACUACUAAAAAAAAGUAACGAUAACAAAAAACUGGAGUUUCGAAUAGGAGUUCUAAAUCUAAUAAAAACAAUUACAAAUCCUUUGCCGAUACCACAAUGGGAAUAUACGAGUACAUUCAGGAUCAACAAUAUCAACACCAGCGGUUUCACCCUCAUCUGGAAGUUAUACAAGCAUUCCUUUACGUUCUCCUGCGCCUCCCUAUCAAAAUACUAUUCAUAGUUAUAUUGAAUGUAAUGCAUAUAGAGAGUAGACUGCAUCUCUGUUUUUUAUAUCCUAUUAAAAUUUUGUUAAUUACUUGUAGUAAUACAACAAAUACAAAUAUAUUAGUGUACCUACGAAAAAC